AUGAAAAUAAUAUCAUUACUGAGUAAUUUUAUUUUAUAUUCAUAUUUAUCGUAUACUGUUAAAUGCCAGCGAUUAUCAGAUUAUCUAUUAGAGGCACAUACAACAACAGUAAGUCAUGUUCCGUAUAGAGAUAGGCGUAAUAAAGCUGAACCCACGUGUGAAGAAUUACGGGCUAUGUGGAGAUACAGUAAAAGACAAAGUCGAGCAGUUGAAGUAACUAAUGAUUUACCUAUGUACCGUGAUCCAUUUUCAUACAAUGUUUGGGAAACUUAUCCAGUACGCUCUCAACCUUCUAUUGGAUAUAGAGAAAUAUACAAGUAUCCAGAUGAACGGGAUGAAGAAGCCCGUAAUCGUGGGGGCGGUAGGACUCCUGUUUAUGGUAAAGUUGUUCAUAAGGCACCCGCAGAAAGUCGAUUCCGUAAUGGCAUGCCUAACAAUCGAGCUAAAGCAUUUGAAGAAGUUACUAGAAUGUAUGGAACUAUUAAUCGGCAACCACCGGAUUCACGAAGACCCCAAUAUAAUUUCCGGGUUGGCGGAGGCGGUUCAUCAAUAUCUCAUGUUCCACAAGCUGGCAGUUUUCAACAUCUUAAAGAGUUAAUACGUACUGAACGUGCUCGUGAACUACAGGAUCAACGCGCGGCUGAAGAAUUAGCAGCAAGAGCAGCAUCAGCAAAUAACAAUAAUAAUAGUAAUGAUAUCUUCAAAAAUGAACAGAAAAAUAGUAAACUGACAGAUUCACAAAUCCAGUAUUUGAACUCUAUUAAAUCAUAUCAAGAACCAAAAAAUUUCAAGUUCAAUAACUACGAUAAAUCUAAAUAUGUCUCAAGUUUAACUGACUUUAAUGAUGCUUCAUUGAUUAAUGACAACUAUAAUCCCAAUCCACUGUUACAUUAA